AUGGCGAAGGACUGGAUUCUUCCGGACAUCAGUUUGAUCCAGAACACGGGGCCGGAGUGGUUAUUCGGUGUUCUGGAGCCCCUCUCGGAUACUUCUCGCAUGGUGGCCCUAAUGAUAUUCUGGAGAUCAUGGCACGUUCGUAAUGAGAUCAUUCAUGACAAGGAACCGCCCCCCACAGAAGUUUCCUGCAGAUUCUUGCAUAGCUAUAUUUCUUCGCUUCUAUGUAUUCAGCAGCACCCAAUGGGAGACGUUGUAAAAGGCAAAAUGGUGCUCACAGACCCGGCAUGCCUAGCUGGUGUAGUUGUUGCACCGGCGCCGAGCACGAGAGGCGCAGACCCGCGACCAACAGAGAAGUGGGAGCCUCCCCCUGCUGGAUGGCUAAAGCUGAACGUCGACGGUGCCUUCUCCGAGCAUGCGGGUAAUGGUGGAGCUGGUAUGGUCCUGAGGAACAGCGACGGCAACAUUAUCUUCACUUCAUGCAGACACUUGUUUGCAUGUGAUAAUGCACUACGAGCUGAGUUGGAGGCGUGCAAAGAGGGAAUUUCUCUUGCGCUGGAAUGGAGUUCGUUGCCUUUUAUCAUUGAAACGGACAGCUCAGUGGCUGCAAGGAUGAUCAGCCAAGCUGCUGUUGAUCGAUCUAAGGAUGCUGCACUAGUCCAGGAGAUCAAAAUGCUAACCAGGGGUGAUAGGAGGGUCCAGGUGAAGGCUAUUAAACGUGAGAGGAAUCAGGUUAGUCACGAGCUUGCUCGUAUAGCUCGUACAGACAUAAAAACUGCAGUUUGGCUGGGUUCUGGCCCUGAAGGGAUUGUAAAUCUUUGUGUACUGGAUCAGCUUGAUUCAGGUUGA